AUGCGAGGCUUCGCCGAAAAGCUCCACUACACGGACCAAAAUCGCGCUGACGAGGACCACCGAAUGCUUCUCGAGAGUCCCGCUCUCAAAAAGCCUCGCCGCAGAAAAAUCGUCCAGCAAUACGAAAGCUUCAAGGCUAACAGCGCGCCCCUCUGCUGGCGAAAGAAGGCUGCAGAUGUUGGCACUAAGAUCACUAUCAAAAAGGCAGCAUUAGAUUCGAUGGACGUUGGCUACAAGCAAGCUAAGCUCGAGUGCAGUCGACAGCUUCCACGCACUGCGGAGCUAGCAUUGAAUGCUGAAGAUGCAGCGGAUAAGCAGGAUUCAGAAGAUGCAGGAGAUAUACCAAUAGACGAAGGGGAGUCUUGCACUGGUUCGUAUUACCUAUUUGUUUGCUCUGAAUACUUAUUUCACAAGCAAUCCAUGGGCCUUACACAUUUCGCGCCAGAUGGCCUUCAGCACGCGUCUACCGCUGCUUAUAGCAUGGUUAACAACCCCUGUUUUAUUUCUCAGUCCAUCGGCGCACUUUUAUAGUAGUUGAUAUUGCCCAUAUUCCUACCUUUUCCCUCUCGCUCAAUGUCUAAUAGUUUGACUUUCUCUCUGGAAAACAAGCGCCUAGAUUGCCCAUUGUGGAGUAUUCAAAGCAUCUUUUUUGCAGCCAAAGCUAGGAGGCGCCCCGAGUUGCACAGAAAUAUUUUUUCAUCUGUGUGCGUAAUAGGGGGCUUCAAACUCAGUAAUUUUGAUGCGUAUUUCCAAAUGCGUGUGACAGAAAUACGCCAGCCCGAAGGCAGGUGUGUAACGAAAUGCAUAUAAAAAUGCGUACAGUCGAAUCUGGUUUUUAUCAUCAUUUUGAUAGUGAAAUUGAUGAUAAAAAUUAAUUCGAACGUUUGAAUUGACCUCC